UAGCUAGAUGUAUAGAUCUAAAGAGUGUUGGUACGGCUUUGUCUUCGGUGGACGGACCUGACUAGCUGAGGCUCAGUGACUCAAUGGACUCAACUCAGGACUCAAUGGACUCUGCUUGAUUCGAUUCGAUUCGAUUCUUGUUGGAUUGGCGCCACACAUUCAGCAACCGUCAAAAAGCCAUGGCCAAGCAAAUUGUCCUUUUUCGUUGACUGUACAUGUAUCUAAAAGUAACAGCAGUUUCAAGCAUAGGAGGAUUCAGAGUCUAGUGUUCGUCUAUCAAGAUCGUCUCGAGAGAUUGAUGUUUGCGAGUGGAGAUCCUCGCCGUGUCAGUGGAACCGUUGACGGAAGUGCCACUACUUCUCCUUCGCUUCGGCAACCGCCACAGCAAGAGUCCUCCGUCAAGGCCAGUGUUUCUUCCAAGAGGCGCCAUGCAACAAUGACCGACUCUUCCUCUUCUUCCUCAGCCAAUUCCUCGACUUCAUCUUCAUCCGAGGAAGAAGAGGAAGGACCCGUCAAAGCCGUGGCACGAAAACCUGCCAAACCCAAUGGCAAGAGACGCCUCACACUGGAAGAUGACGAAGAAGACUCGUUGGUCGACACUGACGAUGAUGAUGAUGACGACGAUGAGCCCAGACGCGUCAAGGAUUCAACGGCAGAGGAUGAUUUUCUAGUCGAUACGGACGAUGAUGAUGAUGAUGAUGAUGAAAAUGACGAAGAAGACACGGAACCAUCAGACGACAACAAUAUGAAACAUAUACAUGAUCUGCCAAAAUUGACCAGAAAACCAAAACCAUCACCUACCACGAACUCACUCCAAAACGUUCAUCACCACGCUGAUGAUGACAUGCAAGAUGUGCAAGACAAAAAGGAAGGAGAUCCUGUGGCAGUCCAUGAUGAUGUAGAAUUCAUUGAUGAAGUAGAAUGGGCCUCUCCAGAUGAUGACAACUACAAUAACAACAGCAACAAAAAGAAUGCAGAACUGGCCAUGAAACCGAAAUUAGAGUCGGGAGAUCCCUGUGGGUGCACCGUCUCCUCCUUCGACGAAGACGAGUUCUGUCGUGCAGCAACCUACAAUGCAAAUGACACUGAAACAAACACAAAACCAAAGUAUCGAUACUGUAUAGACCCUUCCUGCAUCCUCUUCGCAUGUCAAGAAGAAUGCAGAUCAAACUGCGAAGCGGGACAAUACUGCGGAAACAAACGAAUACAACGCAAAGAAUGGAAACAAAUUGAAGUAUUCCAUGCCGGACCCAAGGGAAGAGGACUCAGAACACUAGAACACAUUCAAAAGGGAGAGUUCAUACUCGAAUACAUUGGACGCGCUGUAAGAGCAUCCUUCCUCUCUAAACUGUUCCACCGGUACAAACAGGAACGACGACUUUACAUCAUGGCACUUGACACAAACGUAUACCUUGAUGCACGCAAAAAGGGAAGUGUCGCACGAUACAUCAAUCACUCGUGUGAACCUAACUGCGUCGUGGAACGAUGGAAAGUCAGAGGCAUCAUACGAGCGGGAAUAUUCGCUACGAGGGAUAUACCAAAAGGUCAAGAACUCUCCUUCGAUUAUCAAUGGGAACGCAAAAAGGGAAGGGCACCCACAAAAUGCUAUUGUGGGGCAAACACCUGUCGGGGGACGCUCGAAGUACCAAAGUCUUUGGAAGAAGUAGAAUUCGAAAAAAUAUCGGAAGGACACUGGAAAACUGGAUCACGCACCGCUGGAAGAGAAAUCAUCAAUCGCAGCAUCCGAAUACUUUCCAAGGAACACGAACAGUACUUUUAUGCCGAUGUGUGCAAAUACGAUGAACAGAGCAAAAAACAUCUCGUCAUUUACAGACCAGACUGGGAAGAAGUAUGGGAGGAACUCGCUAAAGAAGAUUGGCAGGUACUGCUCGAUGAGUCCGAUGUCGGCGAUGAUGGUAGUGCCAGCGCUGGUGUAGGGUUUGGGUCCAUGUUUGCGGGAGCUCGGGAUUUUGUCAUUGCCAAAAAGGUACUACACAACCGCACAGCCGCUUCUCCGUCGUCAUCCUGGCAGAGGAGCUUCUUGCAAACGUUGGUGGCGUCGCCAAAUGCAAAGAACAGACCCGGGGGCGCCAGUCUUUUGGACAAAGUUGGGGCAGGGGACAGAGAUGCCAUUGAAGAACUCAAAGCUAUCAAACCUUACCUUUACGUCCAGACACCCAUCAAGGAAGCAUUCUGGGCGAAACACCUCAUUCAACGGUGCGAACGUAAUUGUAGAGUUUCCAUUGUGCCGAAACAAUUUGCGAGACCUCCGCUGGGACCAGACGCAAAUGAUCCGGACGAUGUCGAAAAACACAAGGCGCUAGACGAGUCCCUAGAUGGGACUGUAUGGAAACUUAGUAUUUCGGGAUACAACGUAGCAAAGGCGUGCACCAUUUUGGAGAAAAACGUCAUCUACUUGACCAAACAACAGCAACAACAACAACAAGCAGCGUCACUUGGGGAUCCAAAACUUCUUCCAGGGUCGGCCUCAAAGCCAGCCGGCAAGCUGAAUGUGGUCAUGGCAGCCAAUCGGGGGGGCACAGGACUCGGCAUAGCCGGGUUGACAGGAUUGGCCACCGGCGCGAGCACCAAGUCAAACGAUAAUCUACAAGAAGUUGUCAUCCCUCGAUGUGCCGUUGAUAACUUCAAGCGACGAUUGCCAUUUGUCAGGGAAAAAUGCCGCAGUGUCAACAUUUCGUUUGCUCAUUCGGAAAGCAAAAGCAAGCAAUUCGCCAAGCUUGUGAUGGAAGCAACCCUGCAGUCCGACAUGCACGCUGCCCGCGAGAACGUCUGGCUGCAUCUUAAUGAUGCAUGUGCUGAAGUGAAGGCGCCAAAGACACCCAACGAAAUAUUCUACCGUGAUCUCGGUUUCCUUGGUGGAGAAUUAACGAGAGAACAGUUUCAGUUGCUCCGACAAGACGAACCAGACAGGAUGAGUCAGGAUUGCCGAGAAGAUCUCCGAAAGUCGCCAUUUUUUGUGUCCUUCGAAAGCACGCAGCGCUGCACGGUUUGGGUACAGUCCGAAGAGGACAAGGGACGUAUCGAUGGAUCCAACAACAUUGUAGGCGAAGCGACGCCGUAUGCACCCAGGAAGAUCUUUUUUGGAUGCGAUCCCAAAGACGUCACCAAGCUAUGGGCGCUGAUGCAGACGAGAGCAUCGGAAGUGGCCCGAGGUGUCAAAUACCUUUAUCUUGGUGCUGACCGAGUGUAUCUCCCCUUUAUGAUUCAAAAUGGGGCCAAGUUCUUUGACUAUGUAAAGCGUGUCACAGGGGCUGCUGUGAUGGUCGAUCACAUGACUGGGGACCACUUGCGUAUCGAUGGACGUUCAUACCUCGCAAUUCACACUGCCGAUGUUAUUGACGUGGACAAGAGCUCUGCAGAUACGGAAAACGAAAGGGUACGGAGGGCAGAGGAAAUGAUUCGAUUGCAGAUCGAAAUCUAUCGGGAUCACUGCAUUCGACGACAAAAUUGGAUUUUUGGAAGGGACUGGACGCUGUCCAAGAUUGUGACCGCUGAAUAUGUGGCCUCUGACAGCAGUGGCGGCACCAGCAGCACACCAGUGAAAUCUGCUGCCGUUCCCUCGCGACAACAAUUCGACGAGAAGACAGUGUGCAAUUCAUGUCAAGAGAUUGCUGACAUCACCAUGGCACUCGGGACAACUGCAGGUUGCGGGGUUAGCGCUGCUCUCAUCUUUUACCGCUUCGUCACGAUCGUGUGCCAGCAGGACGACUUCGACACCCAACUUAAAGUGCGAGAGAUUGUGCUUGCCUGCAUCUUUUUGGCCAACAAAGCUCAGAAAGUUUCGAAGUGGAAGCGACUGGAGGAGGUGCUGAAGGCGGCUUACCAGGUCUUCUACCCUGGAGCUUCGUUCGAUGGCAGCAAGGAAGAAGUGCUGAUUUUGGCUGAUAAGGUCCAGACGGCAGAAUCUGAAAUUCUGACCCUACUUGACUAUGACGUGUUCAAUCGGGGAACGGACUGGAUAGUGGCCGCAGCUGUGGAAGCGGCCGGUUUCAAGGGAGAAGUGGCACAAGAUGCUCUCAAUGUUGCCUGUUGUGGCCCUGUGCUGGCAGCAGGUUCGUCGCUGUGGCUGAAGUAUGGCGUGGAGUACGUUUUUGCUGCCGCAGCAGGAUUCCUACAUUGUGAUAUUGACAAACUGUUUCCGGCCCUGGCACUGAUCCCGCUUAAAGUGUCACAGGCCGCAGAGAUAAUCGUAGAGUCAAUCAAGGUGAUCCCCACCAGCAAGAGAAGCUCCUCACACCCUCUUUUCGAAGAAGGGAAAGAAAAUCUGAAGAUGCAUCUUCCUCGGAUCAAGGAAAUCUGCGUCAAGUGCAUGGCAUCCUCUUUUGGACAACAAACCACGCCCACGACGUCCGAGGCUGGGCAGAGGUUUCGCCUUAUCGGCAGUCGCGAUUGUCGUCGCCACGCAAUCCAAGGUGUACCACGGCUGUUGGUGAAAGAUGUGAUACUGCCCGUCGUCGAUGGCGCCAGUGCAGAGAGCAAGUGCAAUAUCUACAUUGGAGACAGUGCAGUCCAAGACGCUGAUGACAUCGUACUUGAAGGUUCCUGGAGAGCUGUUGCCAUUGCCGAGCAUCUGCUCCGAGCCAGUGUCGCUAAUGUGCAGGGCAAUCCAUUGCCACCCUCUGUGGACAUUUCAGUCGAGAUUGAUGUGCUGAACAAAAACAAGCUGCAAGCAAAGGUCAAGCCGGGGUUGCUAAGCAUGAGCAGCAUCCUUUCUGGGGACGGUUGGAGUGGGACGAUUCAGUCGGAAGUUUCAGGUGGAUCCUCAUGGGGUCGAAAAACGGGUGGAAAAAUUUGCGUGCCAGGGAAGUUGGCAGCGUCCUCAUUACGAGAGGUUGGCUUGCGUUGGUGGGUCCCUCCUCAGCAUGGUCCCAGUCCAACGGGUUCAAUCUGUGACAUGUUCUUGAUCCGCUCCGACCCGCACGAUCUGCACGGGGGGCUUCAGCGUCUGACGCAGUCGUUCUCGGGCGAAUCAGGCUCGUUUCCUUUGCUCUGUGGCAGCAAGGAUGGUAAAAACGCCAUGAACGAGCGCUACGUGGCAGUGUCGCUACAACGCUGGCCAUCCGAAAAGGUGGAAACUCGAGAAUUGGAGAAAACGAAGAAAUCGAAAAAGUCCAAGCGGUCUUCCGGGUUGGGAAUGGGGUUUUCUGCGGCUGCUCUGCAAGAGAUGCAAUUGCUAAACGAGCUUCACAGCGUCAUUCCCUCACCACAAGGGCAUCCAAACUUCAUCUUACCUGUUGCGGUAGCGCUUCCACCAGACGAGGAGGAGGAAGAAGAAGAGCAACCAGAGAAGGACUCGUCAGACCCAGCGGCAGCCAGCUCACUCGCAGACGACAUUUUCUCCUUGUUUCGGACUAGCGAAGAGAAUGAAAAGGUGGCUAGACGGGAAAAGAAGCGGAAAGAGCAUCUAACUGGACCGCAUCUAGUCUUCCAGCCAUCUCCUUUUGUCCUGCAACGCUUCAUGUCUCGAAAGAAACGCAAGGGUACGAACGACGACAACGACAGCAGCAGCCCAGGGAUUGGUCCAGCAAUCUUUUCUUCCUGGUUCCACGAUUUGCUCUCUGCUCUAGUUCACUGUCACACAAAUCAUGUGGUAGUUCGAUCAUUUCAGGCGGAUCAGAUUGUCAUUGACCACAGCGGAGUGGCGAAACUGGGAGGCUUGUAUCGUGCGACUGUGAUAUCCCCUGAGGAUCGAAAUGUCACUUUUGACCCACUGAAAUUUGCGAGAGCGAACAAAAAAGACAAAAAGGAUCGCAAAAGCCGUGGGGAUGACGACGACGACGUGAGUGACCCCUAUAUUGCUCCGGAGAAUCUGUUUGGGUGCAGCAAGCGUACCAAGGAAACAGACGUGUGGUCACUGGGUUGCUUGCUUGCACACGUUCUGUUGAACAAAGCGCUGUUCUCUGGUCGAGACCGCCAGGCUCUCCUCAACAGCAUGUACAAGGUUGUUGGGACACCUGCGAGGGACAACUAUGAGAUUUGUGUCAAGUACCCCCACUAUUCUCGACCGCCCAAGAAGUAUAAACGUGGCGUGGAAAAGGCAAUCCAGCAUGUUUUGAAAGAGGAUAGUGAGAAGCAUGCAGGCGCCGUUGACUUGCUGGCGAAGAUGCUUCAUUUGGACCCGAGUCGACGUAUAACUGCGGUUGAAGCCCUGCGCCACUACUACAUGCUAGACUAUAUUGAGAACAGCAAUUCUGGGUCCUUUCGGCGUCGCUUUGUGGAAGAUUGGAUGUCUUUGAAGGGGAAAUUGAUGAAGUCUUCGCAAAGUCAGGAAGAUAAGGCGCUCGAGAGGGAACGUAAUUUGAAACGGAAGGCCGAAUUUUCAGCACUCGGCAAAGCCGCGGGCGCUGAACAAGACGAUGAUCUUUACAACCUGGAUGAGCUGUUUCGCUCCGCAGAGGCGUCAAAGAAGCAAAAGACGUGAUGAAAUUGGAUCCGUGAAGGCCUUACGGAAGGUUUCCCUCUUUGCCGGUGCCUUGCUAAAUGCUUACGACUAAUAAUUAUGAAUGCUCAGGAAGGAUUAACCGAAUGCCACGGUGCUGUACUGGUACGGUACCGGAAACUACGAGUAGUAGGUUGGAUUUGUCAAAAGGAAGGGACGGGAAGACUCAUUCCUCGUCUAUGGAUGCAAUUCAAAAUAAAAGCAGUCGGGUACUCGUACCACCAGCAUGUGGCUUUCAGUCUACAGUUAGCAAUUGUGACGACCUAAAAACUUAUGUAGCUAAGGUUGCUCAUUGAACGGGAAAUUGAACAUAAUUGAGUACAUUACUAUUGAAGAAACGGAGUUGCCAGCUUUAUCCGAUCAGUGUCGCUUUUUGUCUCUAGUGGAAGUUCCAGUGGUACCAGUGGUGCUCUCAGCACUGCCGUUGGUAUUCCACAGCAGCUUUUGUCGGACAAUGAACCAGAAAGUGGCAGCCGACAAGAGACCUCCACUGGAUUGCAUGGCCAGAUCAAGACUCCCCCCCAAAAGGUCUGCGAAUCCACCAGUGCAUGAUGCCCCCAACAAGAAUCCAACGUCCCCGCUCGUGCGCAACAUGGCAAUUGCUUGAGCUCGUUUGUCUUCGGUGACUUUAUCCGAGAUGUAUGCCAAUGGGGCCGUGGACAGCAUUGAGGAUCCCAACGCCCAGAAUCCCAAAGUACCUACGAAGAUUGGCCAGUUCUCUGGAGGGUUUGUCCAAAGUGGCAGGCUUAUCAUGGAUGCCGCAAUGACUGUGCACCCCCCCGAAAUGGCAGCAGCUUUUCCAAUGCGAUCUACCAAGUACCGUGCCAUCAACGGAUUACUGAGCACCUGGACCAAACUCAUGGACAUGUAUAUUUGACCGACCGCCCCAGCCGACAUUUCGAGUCCUGUUGGUGCUGGACUGGUGAGUAUCAGAGGCAGCAACGUCAUUUGUGACCCGCUCAGUGCAAACCAAUAGAACCCAUUCAUGAUCAUGACACUUCGAAUCUGGUCAUUGUGAAAGAGCGGGAUCCAUUGAGCCAAUGCAUCCUUGGCAGCUGUAGCCAAGCUGGUUGAAUCGUCCUUUUCUGUUUGGCUGCGGUUGUUUUCGUUGUUGCUGUUGUUGUUGUCUACCGGAGCAACGUUGCUAAUCUUGUCUUGCUGCUUUUGAUUUGUGAGUGGCAACUUUACCCAUGGCAAGUCGUGGAAAAGAUGCAACAAGGGUUGUUUUGGUGGUUUUGUUUCUUUCAGAAUGAUGCUAUUGAGUAUUGCCACACCCAGAUACGAUGCGCCCACCAUGGCGAAAGUGUUCUGUAGUCCAACCUGAUCGACCAUGGUCCCUCCCAAAGCAGGUCCCAAGGCAGUCCCUGCGGCAAAAGCUGACACGAUGGGUGACAUGGUCGUGGCUCUAUUGAGUGGGGUGGAAACAUCAGUGACCAUGAGUUGUGAGGCUGUGGUGAGUGCUGCCACUCCCGCGCCCGUUAGAAGUCGACAUAGAUAUAGUUCCCCAAAGGAUCCAGCAAAGCCGAUACCUCCCACCCCAAAAGCAAUAAGAACCAACGAGUAUGUCAAGUAUGGUUUUCUUCCAUGUCUCUCUACGAGGAUUGCACUUGGGAUAUUGCUGGCCAUUUUGGAUAGCGCGAAGGCACUGACAACGGUUCCAUAUUGUCCUGGUGUGAGUUGUAGUGCUUCUACGACGAAAGGCAUUGCUGGAAGGACCACGCCAACACUGGUUCCCACUAAUAGAAUGGAUGCUGUAAUGGGCCACAUUCGUUUCAUGUCGACUGCUGUAGCCAUUUCUGUGAGGGUUUGUACGAACUGAUCUUUUGAAACGGUGAUACCGGCCGGGCCAUUCUCGUUAUUGUUGCCGCUUCCUCUGCUGUGGUUGACAAAGACCUGAAGAAAUCGUUCAGCGUCCUGUUGUGCAUAUUCCAGUCGUUGUUCUUCUGUGAAAUCAGUGUCCUGAAUGUGGACGUUGUUUUGGUUGUCAUUGACGAUCUGAUUUUGAAUUUGUGCCAACCUAUCCACCAAGAAAGCCUGAAUCUGUGUUUUAUCGAUAACAUCAUCUUGAUCAUGAGUGAGCCUUAAGCUUGAAAAAGUGCUGAUGGUGCGAAAAGCAAGGUUCAUUUCAUCUGGAGAGAACGAUUGCAGCUCCAAAUACUCAUACAAUCGAGCACGAUCCAUGACUCUUCCUCGCCUACUCCUACUUGUACCAGGACCCAAACUAUCGGUUCCACUGCCGCUGCUGAAUGAUCGCAGCACACUCCAUGGGAGCUUCCAUCGGCUACUACAUGUAUGCAAGGCACUCUCGGAAAGUCUUCGUACUGGAAUCAACAGUCUGCUUCUUCGUUGUACCUGAGCUACACGCACCGGUAGGAACGGACGCCUGCUCGAAGCAGCCGCAACAAGGUUCAUCAUCUUCAGUUCGUACGGUACACCCUCAUCAAUCAUUCACAAACACAUGUGGCACAGUCGGUACUAGCUAGUACCCUCGACUGCAACGGCAUGAUGUGCGUAGAUGAUGUGUGGAGAUGGUGCGGGAUUAAAAUCAUUCGCGUUCUGAAGACGCCUUCAUGCCGCAUGCUGGGAGGGCACCAUGCUCCUGUAGCUAGCUAGCUAGUACUGGUACUGUACAAAUGUAGAGCUGGCUAGCUAGAAGAGGGAAGCGGAAAAGAUUGGGCUCCCGAAGGAGGGGGUUAUCUAUUAUACCGGCAGGGAAAAACUAUAUGGUUGGUUGGUUCUUCCUGGCCUUCAAAGUAAUGAUAGAGCACGUUGUGUCCCUUGGCCUUGCUGCUGCUGCCAAUAAGCCCUGCCGAAGCCAAACUGUUGCAUCGUUUCUUGGAGAGCUGCGAAACCAUUGAUCUCUUUGGCACCUUUGUGUGUGGUUUUAUAGCUGGUUCUCGCCACGGGGGUUCACUCAUCCUGCCUAUGCUGGUGCUCUGCUGAUAUCGUAGCCCUGAUGCCCUGCAGAUAUCGUAGCCCUUCUGUUUUAGCUAGCAGAGCAGUCACAAAGGAA